AUGGUGAAGAUGAGUCUGGACCCUGUGCAGGUGAUGAGCGGACAGGUGAAGGAGCUCAAAGUUUCUCCCUCGUCCAACGGGGACAGCAGAGGAUCAUGGGAGGAGAAAGAAGAGUUUGAUCCGGACCACUUGGGUCUCACCACCAAGCCGAAACAAGUGACAGGGAGACGAGCCCGGAAGGUGGAGGGAGGCGUGUUUUUUCCCAAACCAGAGAACGCAGUGACCGUCGCGGUUUCUUCUCGGGUCAUGUUCCGGACCGAGCGUGAGCAGAAGGUGUUUGAGCAGGAAGGGGUGGAGGAAUAUCUGAGAUACCAAAUCGAACACGAGAACGAACCCUUCGCCCCCGGACCUGCUUUCCCCUUCGUCAAGGCUCUGGAGACGGUGAACGCUCGUCUGCGGGACUUGUACCCAGAAAGUGAAGAGCUGUUUGACAUCGUUUUAGUGACGUAUAACCACGCCCACGUAGGAAUCCGGCUCAUCAACACCAUCAACCAUCACAACUUGUUUAUUGAGAGGUUUUGUAACGGGGGAAGCAGUCCUAUCGGUUACCUGAAGGCCUGGCACACCAACCUCUACCUGUCUGCUGAUGCCGACAAGGUCAGGGAGGCGCUGGCUGAAGGCAUCGCAGCAGCCACCAUGUUCACGACAGAGAAGCUGACAGAGGUGUCGGAGUCCCAGCUCAGGGUGGCAUUUGACGGUGACGCCGUCCUCUUUUCUGAUGAAUCGGAGCGCAUCUUCAAGGCACACGGGCUGGACAAGUUCUUUGAACAUGAGCGGGACAACGAGGACACGCUGUUGGAUCAUGGUCCCCUGAAGGGCUUCCUGGAAGCGCUGGGGAAGCUCCAGAAAAAGUUUUAUGCUAAAGGCCAGCGCCUGAACUGUCCCAUCCGAACAUACCUGGUCACAGCUCGCAGCGCUGCCAGCUCCGGGAUCCGGGCGCUGAAGACACUCAGGGCCUGGGGCUUGGAGAUCGACGAGGCCUUGUUCCUCGCGGGGGCACCCAAGGGCCCCAUGCUGGAGAAGAUCAGGCCUCACAUCUACUUUGACGAUCAGAUGUUUCACGUGGAGGGCGCGGCUGAGAUGGGCACCGUCGCUGCCCACGUGCCCUACGGCAUCGCACAGAAACAUAACCAGAAACUGAACACCAGUGUGAGGAAGUAG